UAAUGAACCAAUUCCGAAAUGCAAGUGGUUGUUGCUUUUAACUCCCGUGAUCAUUGGUGGGCUCAUUGUGAACUGACAUUGCGUUGCAAGAACAUCGUUUAAGAUGAAAUCUGCAAAACGGGUCGCCGUUGUUGGUGCGGGUGCCAGUGGAUUAACUUGCAUAAAGUGUUGCCUGGAUGAGGAUCUGGAGCCCACUUGCUUUGAGAGGAGUGACGACAUUGGAGGGCUUUGGAAUUAUCAGGAAAAUUCCUCGGAAGACAAAGUCAGUAUUUAUAAAUCGUUGACCGUCAAUACCUCCAAAGAAAUGAUGUGCUACAGCGAUUUUCCGAUCCCCGCCGAUUAUCCAAACUUCAUGAGUCAUUCGAAGAUUCUGCAGUACUUCAGGCUUUACGCCAAGAACUUCGACCUGAUGCAAUACAUACGUCUGAAGACGAACGUGUGCAGCAUAACGAAGCAAAAAGAUUUCCCCUCCACUGGACAAUGGAGCGUCACAACUAAAGACAGCGACGGCAACGUGCUGACGUCCAGUUUCGACGCCAUCAUGAUCUGCACUGGCCAUCAUUGUUAUCCACACUUGCCCUUGGAUUCAUUCCCCGGCAUAAAGGAGUUCAAAGGUCAAUAUAUGCACAGCAAAGAAUACAAGAUACCUCAGCCUUUUGAAGGGAAGAGGGUGGUUGUCAUUGGAAUUGGAAAUUCCGGAGGAGAUCUGGCAGUUGAAAUCAGCCGCUGUGCUGAACAAGUGUUUCUUAGCACAAGAAGAGGGGCUUGGAUAUUGAACCGCGUCGCAGAAGAGGGAUUCCCCGUCGACAUGAUGAUUAUCAGACGUUCCACACAAGUACUACGUGAUACAAUGCUUCCGUCUAUUCUGACAUGGCGUCUUCAGAGAAGGCAGAACAGCAAGUUUAAUCACGCCAAUUUCGGACUGCAACCUACCCACAGUAUUUUCAGCCAACAUCCAACGGUCAACGACGAGUUGCCGAAUCGCAUUAUGUCAGGGACUUUGCUGGUCAAACCCAACGUGAAGGAGUUCACCAAGACGGCUGCAAUAUUUGAAGAUGGCAGUGUGGAAGAGGUGGAUGUUGUUGUCUUCGCCACCGGCUACACCUUUUCGUAUCCUUGCCUGGACGAGUCCGUAAUCAAGGUUCAUAAAAACCAAGUUCAACUCUACAAGCAUGUCUUCCCACCUCAAAUGGAGCAACCUACUUUGUUUGUCAUCGGCCUCAUUCAACCUCUGGGAGCCAUAAUGCCUCUUUCCGAACUACAAUCACGCUGGGCAACAAGAGUUUUCAAAGGAUUCAUAAAAUUGCCAACCGUGCCCGACAUGAUGUCAGAUAUAAUGCAAAAGAAAGAACGUAUGGAGAAGAGAAAAACCGGAAGCGAAUUCGCGCUCUGCAGCAGCAAAAACUGUCAUGUUACUGCCUUGCAACGUCGACAACGGUUUGAAAUAUGCUUCGUUCGUUCUCCCUGAACUUCUUGGUAAUGAGAAUUAUUAUCCUCUAUUUAACCCACCACAUCUCGCUCCAGCUUCCUAGACUGCUUUGGCUUAGUCUUCAUUCCAAUUGGCGUAAAUCAUCCGCCUGUGAUCUUUGCUUAUGUGUUUCUCCUUCUCCAUUAGCACACCCUGAUGUGUUGCUUGCAAGAGAGCUCAGACCUUUGUCACCGCUCGAACUGCCCCAUUCACAAAUUCAUUCCCACAGCAACCUCUGCCUCAGCCUACCAGAGGUAUCACCCCUGUCCCGUCUAUUCAUCCCCAUCUCACAUGCAACCUAAAACAUUUCCUCUCAGAUCCAGUUCUAGCAAAGAGCCUUCAACCUGAAGUGUCAUCCGUGUUUCUCUUUCCACAGAUGCUGCCGGACCUGCCGAAUAUUUCCUGUUUCUCGUUCAAACUUCCUGAGUCCACAGUGUUUUAGUUUUAAUUUUACUCUCAUAGAGUUAUACAACAUGGAAACAGGCCGUUCGGCCCAACAGGUCCACGCUGACGAAGAUGUCCCAAUAAGUUCGUCCCAUUUGCCCGCAUUUGGCCCAUAACCUUCUGAACUAUUCCUAUCCAUUUGUCAGUCUAACGGCCUUUGCACCUGCCUCAACCACUUGGUCUGGCAGUUCAUUACGCAGAGAUACCACCCUUUGUGUGUUAAAUUUUCCCUGGGGUUCUUAUUAGAUAUUUCCCCUAUGCCGUCUAGUUUUUUUUAUUCCCCAAUCUGAGAAAAACACUGAGUGCAUUAACCCUAUCUUUUCCCUUCUAUCAGGUCACCUCUCAAUCUCAUACGCUUCUAAGAAUAAAGACCCAGCUUGCCCAACAUUUCCCAAUAACUCUCUUUUCAUGAGAUAAAUAAUUUGCUUAAAAUCAAUUUGGGAUGGGUUAAUUAUUACCAAAAGUUCGCAAUAUAAGGGCAGAUUCGGCGAUGAUGGAACGGUGUGCAGAACCAGUUAAGCCACGGCAGCAGUACCGCCUAAGGCUAUCGUCAGCACAUAACAGGAACAAUGCGACUGUGCUGAUAAGACAUGUCUUUGCAGAAGACAGGGUGUAAAGGAAAUUCAUGUGGGUUUUGCAGAGAUUACAGAUUGUAGCUAUGAGUAGAUGUUUGGUAACAUGGUUGUUUACUUAAGACGAAAUUGAGUCUGGGUGGAGAUUUAAUUUUAGAUGAGUGAAAUAAUCACGGGCCCGCUUAAAGUAAAUAGGACACAACAGUUUCCUUUAUGGGGGUCUGAAAAUAAGCAGGCAUAGAAUUAAAAUAAUUGAUGAGAUAAGAGGGGAGUUGGAGAUGAGAGUGAGUGGGGGAAGGUGCCACGACGUCAUUGCCCGAACGGGUGGGUCAAGCAGUAACCCGCGUCAUAUUUAAACAAUGGUGGGGACAUACAUUUGAUAGGUCGCGACCUGUUACACAUCGGGCUGAGUGCCGGAAAGUGGGAUUUGGCUGACUUCCUCCGAUGGGAUAUUUCAAAUGGGCCGCCCCUUUGUCACAAAUUGUGUAUGGUUCCAUGGCACGUAACGCAGAAUAAAUUUGAUAAAGAGUU